AAAAUGAGUGCGUACUCUGUGACAGCUGAGAUAAUAGGUGUAAGUUUUUUCAAAAUACUUGAACUGGUGUUAAGCUUCUCUUCUCUGUGUCUUCCUGGAGAAGAAAAAGGUUUUGGAGGUGUAAGUUAAAUUGUCUGACUCCGCAACAUGGAUGGUAUGAACAGCUAUUGGCAAUUCGGGGAUGAGCUUCGAGGACAAUCAAAAGUAUCGGAGGAUCAUACAUGGACAACGAGUACUGUAAAAUUGGCUGAGCAGUUAAGGUCCAAGGGUGAGCGGGUGAAUAACCUUGACCUUUCGAAAAGCUCAGCUGAAAGUAGGUUCAGGGUUUAUCUUGGUUUACAGGAAGAUAACAAGUGGGAAAACCAAUACCUCAACAUGUUGAAUUUUGAUACCAAGAUAACUGACAAUACGACCAAGAGCUCCUUCAGUAAUGACAUUCACAACGUUAAUUCUGUUUGUCUGAAAUCCAAUGUCAACAGCUUGGGAAGUAUGUCAUUUAGCAAGUUCAGUAGCAACCACACAAAUGACGCUAGCAGCUAUGGCAAUAACAAAAACACUGAGAGUAUCAAUGGGAACAAUGCUGUUGACAAAAGGUUUAAGACUUUGCCUGCUGCUGAGACACUGCCCAGGAAUGAGGUUCUUGGUGGGUAUAUCUUUGUUUGCAACAAUGACACAAUGCAGGAAGACUUGAAGCGCCAGCUGUUUGGUCUACCUCCAAGGUACAAAGAUUCUGUGAGGGCAAUAACACCAGGGUUACCGUUGUUCCUCUACAAUUACACUACUCACCAGUUGCAUGGUAUCUUUGAGGCAACAAGUUUUGGAGGUUCUAACAUUGAUCCAACUGCUUGGGAAGAUAAGAAGUGUAAAGGAGAGUCGAGGUUCCCUGCUCAGGUGAAGAUCCGUAUCAGGAAACUUGGUAGGGCUUUGGAGGAAGAUGCUUUUAGACCAGUGCUGCAUCACUAUGAUGGACCCAAAUUUCGUCUUGAGCUCUCUGUGCCCGAGACUUUGGACUUGAUGGAUCUCUUUGAAAAUACCAGCGUGUUCGCGCCAGUCUGAAGUCAUGGAUUUAUAAUCUAUUAGCAUACAUUAUGAACUCAUGAAUAUUGUAGUUUAGUAGUAGAAACGUGUUCUCCACAGAUUUCCAAAGCACAAUUUUGGAGUAAAGUCUGGCUGAGAGAGGUUCUGAAUAGCAGGGUUGGCUAAUUUAGCCAAUGAAGUGUGAUUUUGUUUGGAGAUGCUUCAAUAUGAGCCUCCCAAAUUUAGUGUUGUGGUCUUAUAAUGAAUUAGAGAAGUAAUGAUUGGGUGAAAGAUUGAACGUCUUCUUUCAUAUCUACAUUUACAAUUUGCAACUCUGUAUUAUCCAAUUUGUGCAAUAUUAAACUGUCAUUUCUUCUCUUUU